AUGACUUCUACGACCUCUAUUAGUGGCUCAAACUCUGGACUUCAGGUAGUGCGGAACUAUGGCCCUAUCACUGCACAGUUUAAUCCCACAACUGAGCAAUUUGAAACGUCGGCAAACAGAGCCUGCCUACGGGAUUUGCAGACGACCAAUCCUCUCCACGACAAGUGCCGUAUCGAGGCAGACAAGGGUGGACUACUAAAGGACGCGUACAACUGGAUCCUCGACCAUGCUGAUUUUAAACGAUGGCGCGAUGAGCAACAGAGUCAACUGCUCUGGAUCAAAGGGGACCCUGGAAAGGGUAAAACAAUGCUCUUGUGUGGAAUCAUCGAUGAGCUGACUAAGUCUGCUCCUAACAGCACUACUAUCUCCUAUUUUCUCUGCCAGGCCACAGACGCACGGAUAAACCACGCCACUGCGGUCCUUCGCGGCCUGAUCCUUAUGCUGGUUGACCAGCAGCCAUCCCUCAUCUCCUAUGUACGGCGACAGUACGACAAGGCUGGGAAGCAGAUCUUUGAAAAUGUUAAUGCGUGGGAAGCUUUGUCUGAAAUCUUCACUGGUAUUCUCGAGGACCCGCUGUUACAGACCACCUAUUUAAUUAUCGAUGCGCUCGACGAAUGUACUGCGGAUCGAAAUCGACUUCUUGACCUUGUUGCCCUGAAAUCAUCAGCAUACCCACAUAUCAAAUGGAUCGUCUCGAGCCGUAACUUGCCAGCCAUUGAAGAGAGUCUUGACGCUGGGACUCAAAAAACCAAUCUCUGGCUGGAAUUGAAUGAAAAAUCGGUGGCUGACGCUGUCGCCAUCUUUAUCAACCACAAGGUCCAGGAAUUGACAGAAAAGAAGAAAUAUAACAAAGAAGUCCGUCAUGCUGUUUCCCAACACUUGUUGUCAAACGCACAUGGUACCUUCCUCUGGGUGGCCUUGGUUUGCGAGAAACUGGCCGACGUCCCGAAGAGAAAUGUUCGGAAGAAGUUAGAAGAAUUCCCUUCUGGCCUUGAGAAGCUUUAUGAGCGAAUGUUCGAUCAAAUUAGCGAGUCAAAUGAUGCUGAACUCUGCAAAUCCCUUCUCGGCAUCAUCACCACUGUUUAUCGCCCUAUUACAUUGGACGAAUUAGCGUCUUGCAUUGACUUACCUGAAGAGGUCGUGGACGAUUCGGAUCUAAGAGAGAUUAUAGGACUUUGUGGCUCUUUCCUGACGCUCCGAGAACGCACAAUCACUCUAGUUCAUCAGUCAGCCAAGGACUUUCUGCUUCGAACGGCAGUUUAUGAGAUUUUUCCUGACGGAGAAGACAUAGUACACUAUUCUAUAUUUUCAAAGUCGUUGCAGGCUAUUUCCAGGACGCUACAACGCGAUAUCUACAACCUAGUCUCCCCUGGAUGUCCCAUCGACCAGGUUAGCCAGCCAAAUCCAGACCCACUAACCGCAAUACGGUAUGCGUGUGUCUACUGGAUUGAUCACCUUAACAGGUGCUCUCCAAGCAAAACCGUGAUCGAAGACCUCCAGAACGGUGGCUUAAUCAGUAUCUUCUUCCAAAAUAACUACCUUCAUUGGCUCGAGGCUCUUAGCCUAUUGAGAAGCGUAUCAGAGGGAGUAGCUUCGAUGCUGAGGCUCCAGGGAUUGCUGAAGACAACAACGGAAAACUCCCACCUAAUCAAUAGAGUUCAAGAUGCUUGCCGAUUUAUCCUAUACCUUAAAAUAGCGAUUGAGAAUCAUCCACUUCAAGUGUACGCUUCAGGCCUAAUUUUUAGCCCGACCGGGAGCAUAACAAGAAUUCAAUUUGAAACAGAAGAUCCACCAUGGAUAAUUAGGAAACCGAGAAUGGAAGAAGGUUGGAGCGCCUGCCUACAGACCCUCGAGGACCACAGCGACAGAGUCAACUCGGUCGUCUUCUCCCAUGAUUCUAAGCUUCUCGCCUCGGCUUCAGACGAUCGCACCGUCAAGGUGUGGGAUUCCGGCAGUGGCCAGUGCCUACGAACCCUCAAGGGACAUAGCGACUGGGUCAGCUCGGUCGCCUUCUCCCAUGAUUCUAAGUUCCUAGCGUCGGCUUCAUAUGAUGGCACCGUCAAGAUGUGGGAUGCUGGCAGCGGCCAGUGCCUCCUGAAUGUCCAGGGCCAUAGUGGUAUAGUCUACUCGGUCGUCUUCUCCCAUGAUUCUAAAAACCUCGCCUUCGCUGUAUACGAUCUCACCGUUCACGUGUGGGAUGUCGGGAGCGGCCAGUGCCUACAGACCCUCAAAGGCCAUAGCCACUUAGUCAGAUCGGUCUCCUUCUCCCAUGAUUCCAAGCUCCUCGCCUCAGCUUCAGACGAUCGCACCGUCAAUGUGUGGGAUGCCAGCAGCGGCCAGUUCCUACAGGCCCUUGAAAGCCAUAGUAACUUGGUCCACUCAGUCACCUUCUCCUAUAAUUCUAGGCUCCUCACAUCGGCUUCAGACGAUGGCGCCAUCAAGGUGUGGGAUGCUGACAGCGGUCAGUGCCUCCUGACUCUCCAGGGCCAUCGCGAUUCGGUUAACUCGGUCGCUUUCUCCUGUGAUUCCAAUCUCCUCGCCUCGGCUUCAUACGAUAGUAACGUCAAUGUGUGGGACGCUGGCAGCGGCCAGUGCCUCCUGACCCUCGAGGGCCAUAGCGACAGGGUCAACUUAGUUACCUUCUCCCAUAAUUCUAUACUCCUCACCUCGGUUUCACUCGAUGGCGCCAUCAAGGUGUGGGAUACUGGCAGCGGCCAGUGCCUACAAACCCUCGAAGGACAUAGCCACCGGGUCAAAUCGGUCGCCUUCUCCCAUGAUUCUAAGCUCCUCGCAUCGGCUUCAUAUGAUGGCACCGUCAAGAUGUGGGAUGCUUGCACCGGCCAGUGCCUCCUGACCCUCGAGGGCCAUAGUAGCAUGGUUAACUCGGUCAUUUUCUCUUAUGAUUCCAAUCUCCUCGCUUCGGCUUCAUACGAUAGCACUAUCAUUAUAUGGGAUGCCUGCAGCGGCCAGUGCCUACAGAUCCUCCAGGGCCAUAGCAGCUCAGUCAACUCGGUCGCCUUCUCCCAUGAUUCCACACUCCUCGCCUCAGCUUCAGACGAUUGCACUGUCAAGGUGUGGGAUGCCGACAGCAGCCAGUGCCUACACACCCUCAUUGUUAAAGGAGUUACUGUGAAAUCAUUCGACAAUACCAACACACAUCUUGAAACUGAUAUAGGUAAUAUUUGUUUAUCUUCAGUACCGACCUACAGCGUUCCCUUCGUGCCAAAAUUUAAAGGAUAUAGUAUAAGUUCCGAUGGUACAUGGAUUACUUGGAACUCUGAGAACCUACUAUGGUUACCACCGAAGUAUCGCCCAAGUACUUCUGCUGUGUCACAAUCGACAAUAUGUCUCGGCUGCUCUUCGGGACGAGUGCUAUUGUUCACUUUUGAUUCCUCUAGACUAGUCGGUGCUGGGCACUACAUUCCUUUUUAG